AUGACGAUUCUCUCGGACUUCAUUCACUUUUCCAGUAACAUAGGGUCGUGCUUCUUUAUGCGUGUAUCCUCAACAGCCCUUACUUGCAUCUUCGAACGGCACAAACUACUUUUUAGUUUCCAGAUAGCGGCAAAAUUGCAAGCCGAUCUGGGACGGGCUUUCCCGGAGGAAUUUGCCUUCUUUAUCAAGGGUGACGUCUCACUGGAAGACGCUAAGAUUCCCAAACCUGUCCACUGGCUUUCAGACGCCAACUGGAAGGAUGUUCUUUGUCUGCAGAAAGUAACACCGCCUGUUUUUGAGGAUAUUGCUAACCAUGUGGAGCAGAAUCAACAGGAGUGGUCACAGUGGGCCCUGGAUGAAUCUCCGGAGUCAACUGCCAUCCCAGCUCCCUAUGACAAACAGCUAUCGGGUCUUCAAAAGCUUUGCCUUCUACGUUGCUUCCGUGUGGAUCGCACUUACCGAGCUAUGGGUCUCUACGUGACCGAGUGCAUGGGCGAGGACUAUGUUAGCCCACCGACACUUAGUUUUGACAACAUCUACGACCAGAGCACACCCUUUACGCCCGUGGUCUUCAUCCUCAGUCCAGGCUCCGAUCCAACCGACGAUCUAGUCAAACUGGCCGCUCGUAUCGGUUUCGAUCCGGCCUACAUUAACCGCAUAACUACUCGCAGUCUCCAAGACUGUCAGCACCCGGCCUUUGCGCCGUUAGUCUUCACACUGGCCUUCUUUCAUGCCGUAGUGCAGGAGAGACGCAAGUACGGCAAACUGGGCUGGAACAUCCCCUACGAUUUCAAUGAGUCCGAUUUUAGAGUCAGUCUGUCCAUCCUGGCAACUUACCUGGACAAGGCCUGUGCUCGAGGAAAGGACGCAAAGGUGCCCUGGGGAAAUCUGAGGUACCUAAUUGGAGAAGUUACGUACGGCGGUCGGGUAACGGACGAAUUUGACCGGCGAAUCCUGACAACUUAUAUGAAGGAGUAUUUUGGAGACUUCCUGUUUGACACCUUCCAGCCUUUCCAUUUCUACAAGGAUGACAAAUUUGACUAUCUCAUUCCCGAUGGACUAACACGAGACGUAUUUAGCAGUUACAUCGAACAAUUACCAUUGGAGAGCUCGCCGGAGGUGUUUGGUCUCCAUGCUAAUGCGGAGAUUGGGUACUUUACCUCGGCCAUACAGGAGAACUGGAGCCUUCUGAUGCAGCUUCAGCCGCGAGAAGUCGAGGUACCUGGUUUGCUCAGUCAGGAUGAGCUCGUCGGGGACACUGCCAAUGACAUACUGGCUGCUCUCCCUGAGCCUUAUGAUCUAGAUCUCAUCAAAAAGAAGCUCGAGUCAAGGCGAUCUCCCGCCACAAUCGUCCUUCUCCAGGAAUUGGAGAUAAUAAAUCGCCUGAUUGUACAAAUGGGCACUUCUCUGCAUACUCUGAAGCAAGCACUGGCCAGGGAAGUGACAAUGUCGCCCGACUUGGAGGACCUCUCUACGUCUAUAUACAACGGGCGACUGCCCCCUGUUUGGCGAAAGUUGGCGCCAGCAUCACUCAAGUCGCUGGCCAAUUGGCUGGUUCACUUCCGUGACCGAAUCAAACAGUACAACAAUUGGAUUGAAGUCGGCGAACCCAAGUGCAUGUGGCUGUCAGGUCUGCAUGUCCCUGAGUCCUACUUGACUGCCCUUGUACAAACAGCUUGCCGUAAGAACCAGUGGCCGCUGGAUCGCAGCGAACUGACCACCGCGGUGACCACCCUUACCUCGUCUGACAGUGUCCAGGAACGCAAUCCGCAGGGCUGCUUCGUUCACGGUCUCUUCCUCGAGGGCGCGGCGUGGAAUCUGCAGAACAAGUGUCUGGAGAGACAGAACCCAAAGAAACUGAUACAGGCCCUGCCGGUGCUUCGUGUCUCGGUUGCGGAGUCGCACAAGCUCCAGCGUCACAACACUUACAAGGCACCCGUAUAUGUCACCUCGGCUCGCAGGGAUGCCAUGGGUGUGGGCCUGGUGUUUGAGGCGGACCUAGCCUCGAGGGAGCAUCCCAGUCAUUGGAUCCUUCAGGGCGUGUGUCUGCUUCUGAAUUCCAACUAG